AUGUAUAAAAUGGAAUAUUCUUACCUCAAUUCCUCUGCCUACGAGUCCUGUAUGGCUGGGAUGGACACUUCGAGCCUGGCUUCAGCUUAUGCUGACUUCAGUUCCUGCAGCCAAGCCAGUGGCUUUCAAUAUAACCCUAUAAGGACCACUUUUGGGGCCACCUCUGGCUGCCCAUCCCUCACUCCAGGAUCCUGCAGUCUCGGCUCUCUUAGGGACCACCAGAGCAGUCCAUACGCAGCAGUUCCUUACAAACUCUUCACCGACCACGGGGGUUUAAACGAGAAGAGGAAACAGAGGCGGAUCAGAACCACGUUCACCAGUGCCCAGCUCAAGGAACUGGAGAGGGUGUUUGCAGAGACUCAUUACCCUGACAUAUACACCCGGGAGGAGCUGGCACUCAAGAUAGACCUCACCGAGGCGAGAGUGCAGGUCUGGUUCCAGAACCGCGCCAAAUUCCGAAAGCAGGAGCGGGCGGCGGCGGCGGCGGCGGCGGCCGCCAAGAACGGGGCGGCCGGCAAGAAGUCCGACGCCUCCCGUGACGACGAGAGCAAGGAGGCCAAGAGCAGACCCGACAGCACGGGCGGCCCCGGCCCCAACCCCAACCCGGCGCCAGGCGGCGGAGGCGGCGGCGGCCCCAGCCCCGCCGCCGGGCAGGGAGCGGCGGGGCGGCGGGCCGGGGGCGAGCCGGGCAAGGGAGCGGCGGGGCCCGGCGGGCUGGCGGCGGCGGCCGGGCAGGGCUGGGCGCCGGGGCCCGGGCCCAUACCUCUAUCCCCGACUCGUUAGCGGCCCUUCGCCAGCGUCCUCUCCUCGCUGCAGCGGCCCGGCGGCACCAAAGGCAGCCUCGUCAAGAGCGGCAUGUUCUGA